AUGGCCUCCAAAGCCAUUUCUUCCUCCGCCAAGCCGCACACUUUCGAGGUCGUCGACCAAAUCCAAGAGCACUGGACAGCAAGAGAGCGGUUAAAGGAGACACGGGCUAUAAACAAAAGCUUAUCUGCUUUGAGUGAUGUCAUAUUUGCAUUGGCAAAAAAAGAGGAUCACGUUCCUUUCAGAAACUCCAAGUUAACAUAUCUGCUCCAGCCAUGUUUAGGAGGGGACUCAAAGACUCUAAUGUUUGUGAACAUGUCACCUGAUCCAUCUUCUUCUACUGGAGAGUCCCUUUGCUCUCUUAGGUUUGCAGCUAGAGUGAAUGCAUGUGAGAUUGGCCAAUUUGAGAGACUUGGCUUCGCAACUGAUUGGGGGAUCUUUGUUCCUGUUGUGUUAAGCAUGAGAGUUGGAGAUAGAAUGUUGAGAUUAAUUGGAGGAUCUUUUGAUCGGGUUGGUUUAACGAUGAAUGACGUGGGAGUUGGAGAUAGAAGGAGGUGA